AGGCGUGCGGGGUCGCGUGGGUGCAGGUGGUCCGUGGCGCUUCGUGAAGCGUCCGUUGGUUGAGAACGUUUUUUUUUUUUGAGGAGGCGGUGAGGGGGUCUCGGUCCGUGCUUCAAAGCGCCCCUCUUGUCUUUUUUUUCCUCUCUCCUUCCCGGCUCGGUGAGGGUCUCGGCUCGGGGCAGCGUCUUGAAAGGGCUCCCGCCCGUCCAGGUACCAACUGCUGACAAUGUUGUCAGGCGGUCCGGAUUGCCGUGUUGCAGAGAAGAAACCUUUAGUAGACAAAGAAGAGGCCAUCACUCGUCUCCUGCCUGACAUCGAAGUUGACAUUCACGAACAAGACAUUGAGACUGUCCAUGGGUCAGUCCAUGUCACCAUGUGUGGGACACCCCGGGGGAACAGACCUGCUAUUCUAACAUACCAUGAUAUUGGGUUGAAUCACAAGACGUGCUUCAACCCCCUCUUCAAUUACGAGGACAUGCAGGAAAUUACACAACAUUUUGCAGUCUGCCACGUGGAUGCCCCCGGACAGCAAGACGGAGCGCCUUCCUUCCCGCCUGGGUACAUGUAUCCUUCCAUGGAUCAGCUGUCUGACAUGCUUCCUGGAGUUCUAAAACAAUUUGGAUUGAAAAGUGUGAUCGGAAUGGGGACUGGAGCUGGGGCCUACAUUUUGACCCGAUUUGCUCUUAACUACCCUGAUAUGGUGGAAGGACUCGUUCUUAUCAACGUCAAUCCAUGCGCCGAAGGGUGGAUGGACUGGGCCGCAACCAAGAUUUCUGGAUGGGCUCAUGCUUUACCAGACAUGGUCAUUUCACAUCUUUUUGGCAAGGAUGAGAUUCACAGCAGCCACGACUUGAUCCAUACUUACCGCCAGCACAUCAUCAAUGACAUGAACCAAAACAAUCUCCAUCUGUUUGUCAACUCUUACAACAGCCGAAGAGAUCUAGACAUUGAGCGUCCAGUUCCAGGAGUAAACGUGGUUACUCUACAGUGCCCUUCACUGUUGGUGGUUGGUGACAGCUCUCCUGCAGUUGACGCUGUGGUGGACUGCAAUGCGAAGCUUGACCCAACAAAGACCACACUUUUAAAGAUGGCUGACUGUGGUGGCCUUCCUCAAGUUUCCCAGCCUGCCAAGCUUGCUGAAGCUUUCAAAUACUUCAUCCAGGGAAUGGGAUACAUGCCUUCCGCAAGCAUGACCAGACUCAUGAGGUCCCGCACGGCUUCCGGUUCCAGCGUCACAUCCAUGGAAGGGAACAGGAGCAGAUCCCACACCGGGGAAGGUUCCCGAAGUCGGUCUCACACAGGCGAAGGGAACAGGAGCAGAGCCCAAACUGGGGAGGGUUCCCGGAAUCGUGCCGCCGCAGACAUCGAGCUGAGUUCUAAUUCUGCCAAGACCACUGGACAGUCGAGCCCCAAGUCAAUGGAAGUGUCCUGUUAAACGAUGCCGCCCUAGUCCAAACCAAGAUCAAGCAGCAGCCUCAGGCUGCACAUUGCAGUAAUUAACCUAAGGGGUUCCCCAUAACAAAUGGAUCUCUCUACCCCUCCCUUCCCCAAAUCCAUAGGGACCAAUAAAACAAACAAAUAUCUCAGAUGCUCUCUUUCCCUAAUCAAAUGGCUGAUCUUUCCAGCUACUCCUAGAUGGCUUUAACACUCAUCGAGUUAUUGAUCUAAUAUAUUUCUUUUUUAAGAUCCAAGACUGCAACCUAUACCAAUUGCUUUUUUCGGAAAGCAAUUGCCUGAAGCUCGUGGGUUAUCUCUGGCUCUCCUUUUACCCAGUUCUAAAAACUAAACAGUAUUUUUUUUCCCUCCCCCAAUCUGAUUUUAUGGCUUCAUUGUGGAAGAGGAGAUGGGGAAAAGAAAGAAAAGAAAACAGUGGGAGAUUUUUAAAACUCUUCAGGCCUCCACUCUGACCCAUACAUUCCUCAACUGGCCUCACGGAUAGCACCCAAGCUCUCCAUUUGCUACACCACAACAUUAAAAAGGGGGUAAUUUGAUACAACUUGGAGGCAAAACCCCACUGAUGAAAUCUCUUUCAGGCAGACCUGAGAAUUUAGCUGUGGCCCUUUCAUGCUGCUUAAUCAGACUAGAGUUAAGGGUUCGGGAUUCUUAGAAACGCACUACAUUUGAUCUUAAAUUUUGCAUUUCGAUGGGUGGCCUUUAAGAAGCCGCAGCAAUAGAUAGUAAAGCUGAUCCCUUUACUGUAAUGAAACCACCUACCCACUCGCCUCCCCAAUAUUUUGCUUCCAAAAAAUUGGGGGCAGAAGUAAGAAGCAUCUCAUUCUUAGAUUGACUCUAGCAGAAAAUUAAGACAGUGGAAAUCGUGUAUAGUGAUUUACCGAGAACUAUAAAUGUUUGCAAAACGUUGGAGGAAAGAGGCAAGGCUGUAAUAGAGAUUUAGUUUGAUGAUUGUAAAAGUAGAUUAUAUUGAUUCUACAAUUGAAAAGCUACUUUGCCGAUAUGUCUGCAGCGCUUAACAGGGUGGGAAGCUAUGAGCGAGACAGCUCAACAGGUUUCCAGCAUAGAUGAGAAUUCUAGUUUUUAUAGGAACAUAAUUAUAUCUAUUUUUCCACUGGCUUGAUCUGUUUGCUACUUCACAAAACUUAAUAUAGCUAAUGAAUUUUGGAUAUUGAGCAUAUUUGCAUCAUUUAGCAUCUUCAGAGCUGAAUAUCUGAGGUAGUUCACGAGAACUGAUUUCUUUUACCCGAGGUUAAUUACCUGGGUUUGCUCUUCUUUUUUUUCUUUUUUCUUUUUUUCUUCUUCAAAUGACAACUUCAAAGUUUCCUGGAAAGUUUAUAAUGAGGAAUAGCAGAUUGUAAUAGAGAAGCUUGACUUGCCUAUUUGGGGGGGAAAGUUUAUUAAUGAAUUAUUUGUAUUUAUUUCAAACAAAAUAAAUUUGUAACUUUGCA